GGAGUGGCGGUUCCGCCCCGGACGGACGCGCAAAGCCCGGGAGGCUCUAAGGGGGAGGGCGCUCGGGCCCUGCCGGCGGCGUCCUGACCGGCGGCGCUAGGACCCUGUAGGGAGCGUAGAGGGCGGAGCCGGCGGCACCAGGACCCGGGGGAACCGCGGCGGACGGGGCUACGAGCAGGCCCGGGGGCCGGGAGGCUGCGGGCGGCGGCGCUGGGUCCGGCGCGGCGGGAGAGGCCCCGAGAUGCCGAGCAAGAAGAAGAAGUACAACGCGCGGUUCCCGCCGGCACGAAUCAAGAAGAUCAUGCAGACGGAUGAAGAGAUUGGGAAGGUGGCGGCGGCCGUGCCUGUCAUCAUCUCUCGGGCGCUCGAGCUUUUCUUGGAGUCUCUGUUGAAGAAAGCAUGCCAAGUUACCCAGUCCCGAAACGCCAAGACCAUGACUACAUCCCACCUGAAGCAGUGCAUUGAGCUGGAGCAGCAGUUUGACUUCUUGAAGGACCUGGUGGCAUCUGUGCCUGACAUGCAGGGGGAUGGAGAAGACAACCACAUGGAUGGGGACAAGGGUCCCCGCAGGGGCCGGAAGCCAGGCAGCAGUGGCCGGAAGAACGGUGGGAUGGGAAGCAAAGGCAAGGACAAGAAGCUGUCAGGGACGGACUCAGAGCAGGAGGAUGAGUCUGAGGAUACAGACAGUGACGGAGAAGAGGAGACACCACAGGUCCCACCCCAGGCCAGCCACCCCCCUGCCCACUUUCAGAGCCCCCCGACACCCUUCAUGCCCUUCACCUCGACCCUGCCUCUGCCCCCAGCACCCCCGGGCCCCUCAGCACCUGACGCAGAGGAAGAAGAGGAUUAUGACUCCUAGCGCCCUCUGCCCCCCAGGCCACACCCCCUUUAGUUUGUUUUAGUUGCUCUGGGGGGAAGAGAGACCAUAGAGCUGUUCUUAAAUUUAUUAAUAAAAUAAUAAUAAAAGGGAA